UCACUGCUAACCUCAAUCGGAUGAACACAUUUUGACAGUUCAGCAGUACUGUUUGUAAACAGAAAUUUCUUUUGUUUGUUUAUUGACAAAUUGGAUCAGACCAUUUACGGUCCGUAUCACCUAAAUAAAGUUUUAAAACAUUUGUUCACGAUUGAAUACGUUUCGUUUUUGAUAUUUAUUAAAUAAAAAAGACUAGUUGCAAAGUGUAAAGAUGAUUGUUUUAGAUGUGCUCUUAGAUUUUUGUUUAAGCUUGUUUGUAAACAGUACCGCUGAAUUGUCAAGGAUGAAUACUUGUUCAUUUGUGUCGUCACGAUAAAAAACACCCACCAUCUGUCUCGAGACGAGUUUACUAGGUAUUCAUUUUUCGCAGAAUACCACUAUGCCAAGGCUGUCGGGUAGAAGAUCGUACGUUUUUUUAUUGUUAUCUUUUGAACACCGUCAAUCAUACUUACCUGAUUGGGUAUUUUGGUGAAUUAAAUAAUCAGUAUCGAUUGAAAGGCAAAUAUGAAACUAUAUUUAGUUGCAUCAAAGCAUCAGGAUGAUUGAGUAUACCGAGCAGUAUUUUCGUGGGCUUGACCUGUGGUCACUAUGGGUAGAUCAGGCAUUCGUUAAUGCUAGUGCAGAUGGGUUGCGAAACUUUUAUUUGUAUUCACUAUCUGAUGAAUGCGAGAAGUGUCCCUAUACAAGAAUUCACGAGAUCAAAAGCGAAUAUGACGAAACUAAUAUAAUCGAACUGGAUGUAGCGCAUAGAUUAUAUUUCAGGGUGUUUGAGAGAAAUCUAGGGAAAUAUGCUUACGAUAAUGACUCUUUCGUAUGUCAGUUCGACGGUAACUUGGGCGAAUUUGGUGUGUAUGAUUUGCGCAUUAAAGACAACGGUACAACCACUUGCGAAUUAGAAACCGCAAAAGAACCAGUCAGCAUUUACUUGCCAUUUCUUACAAUCGCAUUGAUUGCACUUACUCUAAUUUCUCUGGUUGUGGGUGGAAAAUAUCUCGCACGCCGGAUCAGACGGAUCGAACCACAGCUGACACCAGGUAGUCCCUCUAGCACUCAGAAUGAUAUUAAGAAAAAUGCUCGCCUUCGAAGUGUGGACACUUUUCGAGGCAUAGCGAUUACGCUGAUGAUAUUCGUUAACAGCGGAGGCGGACAUUAUUGGUGGAUUGAACAUGCAACCUGGAACGGGUUACACAUUGCUGAUUUGGUGUUCCCGUGGUUUUUAUUCAUCAUGGGUGUUUGUAUUCCCAUAUCCAUCCGUUCGCAACUUAGCAAAAAUAUUCCACGAGUCUCAAUCUUGCAGACAAUCACUAUUAGAUCACUGAAACUGUUCUUGAUUGGGCUAUGCUUAAAUUCAAUAAGCGGACCUGCGAUGUCUGAUCUUCGUAUUUUUGGUGUACUGCAACGAUUUGGUAUAGCUUAUUUUGUGGUAUCAACAAUUCAUUUGUAUUGCUACAAGGAAAAUGAACAAUUUGUAAAUCCUGUAUGUGCCCGAAACGUUGAUAUUUUUCGACUUUGGAGACAUUGGUUAAUUGUCGGAAUAUUAACACUAGUUUAUUUAAUAAUCAUCUUCUUCGUUCCAGCACCUGGUUGUCCAAGUGGCUACUUCGGUCCUGGUGGAAAACAUUUCAUGGGAAUAUACUCUAACUGUACGGGGGGUAUAGCCGGUUAUAUAGAUCGAAUGAUUCUUGGAGACAAACAUCUAUACCAACAUCCAACCGCACGAUAUUUGUACGAUGCACAAUCAUUUGAUCCAGAAGGACCUUUCGGAUGUCUACCAACAACAUUGCAGGUUUUAUUGGGGCUUCAGUGUGGCGUUCUAAUAAUCACAUACACAAAUGCCGUGAGUCGAAUUCGUAGAUUAGCAAGUUGGGGGGUAGCUCUUGGAUUACUAGGAGGAAUUCUCUGUAGUUUCAGUAAAAACGAUGGCUGGAUUCCAGUGAACAAGAAUCUCUGGUCAGUGUCUUAUGUACUGGUUACCGGUUCACUGGCAUUUUUCCUUCUACUGAUUUGCUUCAUUCUCAUAGAUGUUAAACACUAUUGGAGUGGAGCUCCGUUUUUAUUCGCGGGAAUGAAUGCAAUUAUUUUGUAUGUUGGACAUACAGUGUUCCAUAAAAUGUUACCCUGGCAUUGGAAUAUAGGGAGGAUGAAUACUCACUUUAUGUUAAUGUUAGAAGCUUUAUGGAACACGAUCAUGUGGAACAUAAUUGCAUACAUUCUGUAUAAGAAGAAUGUUUUCUAUAGCUUGUAAUUCUCCAAUUACUAAUAUCCUAUUAAAUUCUUUAUGAUUACAAAAAGAUGACAAGAGUGGUUUUUCUUUCCGUACUAUUGAAAUAAUGUUGCUCGAUCGUGAUUCAUCGAACAAUGGUUCCAACUAAUAUAGUGUAUUGUAUAGUUUGUUUAGAUGCUAUAAGUAGGUGUCGUCUCACCACCAGAGUAAUAAUUGCAUUUUAAAUAAUAAUGGUUUCAAAAAUGUAGAAAAUCAGUAUCAAAAAUACUGCGAACUUUGUUCAGUUCAUGUAAAAAUACGGCAACAACUAAAUCUGCAUUAUUGUUUCUGUUUUUCGUGUAAAAUACAGUCCUACGUCCAAAUUCGAGCAAGUGCCACUAAAGUGUGCGAUUUGUUUCAGGAGCUACCCAAUUUGUUGUUAUGAAAUACUACAAUCCCAACAUACCAGCGAAUAGUACAUACAUGUGACGAGCUUUUCGUUCACCUGAGUUCGAUUCUCGACCUCUUCCUCAUCCGCUGACUCCGAGUGUGACUUCUUUUUGCUUUUUUUCUUUUUCUGUCGAAACGUAUCCAAGCGCGGCUCAUCUGCAGUGGAGUGGAUUUUAACCGCAUCAACAGCGUCGUUAUCUUUAAUAUGAUCGAUCGAGUCGAGAUUCGCACAACUGUUUUUCUUAGAAUUAUUGUAGCUAUUUCGUCUCCGAAGUCGUCUACUAUCACCAAUCGCUAAUGUUGCCGAAUUAUGCAUAAAAUCCGCCGAUCGGCUAUCGUUGUUCGAAGAAAGUAGCGAAGACGACGAUUCUGCGUUGGAAUAGUUGCGAUCCUUCUCCUCGCAUUCAUCAAUUAGCUCGAGUGUAUCGAAUUGAUUAUUGCUUGGAAUGUCUUUCUGUAAAAGGAAAUUAACAUACAUAUAUGAAUUUAUGCCAACAAUGCAAUCUUCGUCAAUUUCAUGUAAAAUUCUGGAUGAAUAAAUGCAAUAAAAAGAACCA